ACUAUACGUAUACGUAUUGAUGCUCCACUCCGUCAAAACUAUACGUUGCCAAAGAGUGCGCGUAUAGGCAAAAAAGCGAUACUAAAUAUCCGCAGGUGCAGCUGUGUGAACAAUAUAUACAAUAGCUCGCACAUACACGCAUGAGAGCCUAUCGUCAAGCGAGGAAUCGCUCGUGACGACAAUAGAGCAAAGAGGAGGCGUGGAGCGCAACGGCUGCUGUUUUUCGGGCAUUCCAUUCAGCUUUUCCCGCAGAGCGACACGACGUCGGCUGUGGGUAUAUUGAUUCCUGAGAAAGAGAGGAUGGCUCGCUGAAGUUUUAGUGCUUCUGCUGCUCGACUCGGCUCUGAACUUGCGAGGGAGAAGGACUUCGCGGAAGGUCGCGCGAGGAAAUAUAUUUACUGCGCGUCUCGUCUAUUCGUUACUUUGAUCUCGAGCUUCUUGACAGCUGAUCUUUGUGUUGACUCCCAGUGAAUGGAAAGUUACUCUUCAGCUCAGCCGUACCAAGUGUGAUCACUGACCUUUCUUUGCCAUACUUUUGAGCAAUUUUUUGGGAUAAAUCUCCGGACCAAACUUCAUCAACAUGGACGCAGGAUUCUCUUCGUACCACAACGGUGGUCCCACAAGGGAGCAAGACUUCAGCAGACUGGCCCAGACCGUUGGCACGUCGAUAUUGAAAAUAUCGCAGAAUGUGUCUUCAAUGCAAAAAAUGGUUAAUCAACUCGGCAGCUCAACAGAUUCGCAAGAACUACGGAAUCAGCUCCAUCAAAUACAACACUAUACUCAGCAACUUAGCAAGGAUACAAAAGGAAAUCUCAAAGAGCUAGCUGUUUUGGCAAACAGUUCUGGUUCCAACAGUCCUGGGGAACAGCGACAGCAUAAAAUGCAGAGUGAACGCCUCCUGGAUGAGUUUCUUGCAGCUCUUAACAAUUUUCAGAGUGUGCAAAGGUCAGCUGCAAGCAAAGAAAGAGACAUGGUUAAAAAAGCCAAGUCCAAUGUUGGUCUAGGACCAUUUGGUGAGAGAAAGCAAGAGACGCUCAUUGAAUUACAAGACAACAAAACUCAAAAACAAAUUCAACAACAACAACAGCUAGAAGAGCAGAAUAUAAGAAUGCUAGAAGAACAAGAAGCAAAUAUUGUAAAACUUGAAACCAAUAUAAACGACGUGAAUCAGAUAUUUAAAGAACUUGGCUCUAUUGUUCAUCAGCAAGGAGAAGUUAUAGAUUCCAUUGAAGCAUCUGUUGAGAGAACAGAAGUAUUUGUUAAUGAAGGCUCUACACAGCUUAGACAAGCAUCCACCUACAAAAAUAAACUGCGCAAGAAGAAGUGCAUACUGGCAGUAAUUGGUGCCGUCAUUUUGUCCAUUCUAAUUGGGAUCAUUGCUUGGAAGAGUUCCUCUUAGAGUUAAUAAGUACUUGACCACUUUUAAGAAUUUUUUAUCAUGUUGGUGAGUUCUGACAUGAAUAAAUCGUGAUCGCUUUGAUAGUUGGCGAGCAGGUAAAGGAAGAUAACAAGCCAUAAAAGUAUAGCGAAAUAUAAGAAAACCAGGAUUGUUGAUUGUACAACCAAGCAAGUGCCGCUAUUGUUAAUGAUUCGUGAUAAUGUUUGUGUGCAAGAUCUAUUUCUUGUUAAUGGACGAGGAACAAUUUGGGUGAUGCCUAGCGUCCAUUUGUACUAUACGUUUUUCGUCAUGCAUCAAUGGAAAUACUGAAAAUUUAUUGCUAAGUUAAUAAUUUGAAAAAUCAAGGGGGCGUUUGGAUGGAAAUCUAUAUUUUUAAAGCAAUAUUUCAUUAAAUGAUGCGAAUGCAAUGGUUUGUUAACACAAUAAAUGAUUCAUUAGAUUUUUUUAGUUCAUUUUUGAAUUUAGCCACUCUUUGAUAAAGUAUUUUAAAUAUUUUUAAUGAAUUUCAAUGAUAUCUUGUGGCUGUUAGAAAAUUAAACUACUUCAUUUUUCUUUGACCAUAAUAUUCCCUUAAAAAAUGUAUUAAAACGUCAAAUUUAUUUCACUGAAAAGAUCAUGUAAAACGCAAAUAUAAAUGUAUUGAUUGAAAGUCAAGAUGCAGUAAUGAAGUAAUGUGCAAUACUGUUAUGACUUCACAGGUCAAAGCACAAUAAUUGUAAAUGUGUUACUUUGACAAUGCUUGAUCAGUCAUUCCGAAAAUUAAUUUAAGACUUCUGAUUUAACUCAUAUACUUAGCUUUGUAACCCAUUUCUGAAAAUGUGUAUGUAUUGUCGUACUAUUGUAAUUAUCAUUAUUAUUAUUAUUAUUAUUAUUAUUGUUAUUAUAUUACUUUUAUUAAUAAACAAAUAAAGUUAUUUUAA